ACAUCGAAAUUCACGCCCUUUGAGCUGAUGUAUGGUAGAAAAGCAAUACAAGCUUAUGGGAAUGAUGAGGAAAAUUAUAUAGAUCCUGACAAUGUUGAGGAGAUAGAUAGGGAAAAGCAUUUUCAAAGUAUUGUUAGCAAGAUGCAGGACAUACAUAAUAUUGCCAUGGGCAAUAUUAAUCUUGCCCAGCUCAAGCAGCAGAGGGAUUAUAGAACCCGCCAUACUGGGAAAAAUGCUCCCUAUAAGAUAAAUGAUAAGGUGCUUAUCUGGAACAGCCGUCGAGCUGAUAGGAAGGGUGGAAAAAUGACACGGCCUUGGCUGGGUCCUUUUACAAUAGUUUGGAUUGUCAAAAGCAAUAUAGCUAAUAAGUGCUAGUGGGAAACAGGUAAAAACCCGACCAAAUAUUUGUAACAUAAAACAUUAUGUUAAGAAAAGAUGACACAAUUAAAGCAAGACAGAAAAAAG